GCGUCAUUAUAACACGACUCCUUUCGGUACCUGGAGAGCCACGAAGAUGGUGGUGAUGGCGCGUCUUUCCCGGCCGCAGCGGCCGGACCUCGUUUUCGAGGAAGAGGACCUCCCCUAUGAGGAGGAGAUCAUGCGGAACCAGUUCUCGGUCAAGUGCUGGCUCCGCUACAUUGAGUUCAAACAAGGUGCCCCGAAGCCCAGGCUCAACCAGCUGUAUGAGCGGGCACUGAAGCUGCUGCCCUGCAGCUACAAACUCUGGUACCGAUACCUGAAGGCACGCCGGGCACAGGUGAAGCGUCGCUGCGUGACUGACCCUGCCUAUGAAGAUGCCAACAACUGCCACGAGAGGGCCUUUGUGUUCAUGCACAAGAUGCCCCGUCUGUGGCUGGACUACUGCCAAUUCCUGAUGGACCAGGGCCGCGUCACGCACACCCGCCGCACGUUUGACCGUGCCCUCCGGGCCCUGCCCAUCACGCAGCACUCUCGUAUCUGGCCCCUGUACCUGCGCUUCCUCCGCUCCCACCCGCUGCCUGAGACAGCUGUGCGGGGCUACCGGCGUUUCCUCAAGCUUAGCCCCGAGAGCGCAGAGGAGUACAUCGAGUACCUCAAGUCCAGCGACCGGCUGGAUGAAGCCGCGCAGCGCCUGGCCACCGUGGUCAAUGAUGAGCGCUUCGUGUCCAAGGCUGGCAAGUCCAACUACCAGGUGGGCCUGGGGGGGGGGGGGGGUGGGGCAGGACGGCUCGCCCCCCCGUGCGGAACAGGGCUGAGACUUCUCCUCCUGGCACUGCAGCUGUGGCACGAGCUCUGUGACCUCAUCUCCCAGAACCCAGACAAGGUGCAGUCGCUCAAUGUGGAUGCCAUCAUCCGCGGGGGCCUCACCCGCUUCACUGACCAGCUGGGCAAGCUCUGGUGCUCGCUGGCUGACUACUAUAUCCGCAGCGGCCACUUCGAGAAGGCUCGAGAUGUGUAUGAGGAGGCCAUCCGGACCGUGAUGACCGUGCGGGACUUCACCCAGGUGUUCGACAGCUACGCCCAGUUUGAGGAGAGCAUGAUUGCAGCCAAGAUGGAGACAGCCUCAGAACUGGGGCGGGAGGAGGAAGAUGAUGUGGACCUGGAGCUGCGCCUGGCCCGCUUCGAGCAGCUCAUCAGCCGGCGGCCCCUGCUCCUCAACAGCGUCUUGCUGCGCCAGAACCCGCACCACGUGCACGAGUGGCACAAGCGCGUGGCCCUGCACCAGGGCCGUCCCCGGGAGAUCAUCAACACAUACACGGAGGCUGUGCAGACGGUGGACCCUUUCAAGGCGACAGGCAAGCCCCACACGCUGUGGGUCGCAUUUGCCAAGUUUUACGAGGACAACGGGCAGCUGGAUGACGCCCGCAUCAUCCUGGAGAAGGCCACCAAGGUGAGCUUCAAGCAGGUGGACGACCUGGCCAGCGUGUGGUGUGAGUGUGGCGAGCUGGAGCUCCGGCACGAGAACUAUGACCAGGCCUUGCGGUUGUUGCGGAAGGCCACCGCGCUGCCCGCCCGCCGAGCCGAGUACUUUGACGGCUCGGAGCCUGUGCAGAACCGUGUGUACAAGUCGCUGAAGGUGUGGUCGAUGCUCGCUGACCUAGAGGAGAGCCUAGGCACCUUCCAGUCCACCAAGGCCGUGUAUGACCGCAUCCUGGACCUGCGCAUCGCCACGCCCCAGAUCGUCAUCAACUACGCCAUGUUCCUGGAGGAGCACAAGUACUUUGAGGAGAGCUUCAAGGCGUACGAGCGCGGCAUCUCGCUGUUCAAGUGGCCCAACGUGUCCGACAUCUGGAGCACCUACCUGACCAAAUUCAUCGCCCGCUACGGGGGCCGCAAGCUGGAGCGAGCACGGGACCUCUUUGAACAGGCGCUGGACGGCUGCCCUCCCAAAUACGCAAAGACGCUGUACCUGCUGUACGCGCAGCUGGAGGAGGAGUGGGGCCUGGCCCGGCACGCCAUGGCCGUGUACGAACGCGCCACCAGGGCCGUGGAGCCCGCGCAGCAGUACGACAUGUUCAACAUCUACAUCAAGCGUGCGGCCGAGAUCUACGGCGUCACCCACACCCGUGGCAUCUAUCAGAAGGCCAUUGAGGUGCUGUCAGAUGAGCACGCCCGGGAGAUGUGCCUGCGGUUCGCAGACAUGGAGUGCAGGCUUGGCGAGAUCGACCGGGCACGCGCCAUCUACAGCUUCUGCUCCCAGAUCUGUGACCCCCGGACCACUGGGGCUUUCUGGCAAACGUGGAAGGACUUCGAGGUCCGGCAUGGCAAUGAGGACACCAUCCGGGAGAUGCUGCGGAUCCGCCGCAGCGUGCAGGCCACAUACAACACUCAGGUCAACUUCAUGGCCUCGCAGAUGCUCAAGGUGUCAGGCAGCGCCACGGGCACUGUGUCUGACCUGGCCCCUGGGCAGAGCGGCAUGGAUGACAUGAAGCUGCUGGAGCAGCGAGCAGAGCAGCUAGCCGCCGAGGCCGAGCGGGACCAGCCCCCGCGGGCCCAGAGCAAGAUCCUGUUUGUGAGGAGUGACGCCUCCCGGGAGGAGCUGGCCGAGCUGGCCCAGCAAGCCAACCCGGAGGAGAUCGAGCUGGGGGAGGACGACGACGAGGACGACAUGGACCUGGAGCCCAAUGAGGUGCGGCUGGAACAGCAGAGUGUGCCGGCCGCCGUGUUCGGGAGCCUGAAGGAGGACUGACCGCACCCCGGCCCCCCCGCCCCCCGUCUGUCCUCCCCCAAUAUAGCCUGUGUGUGUACGUCACA